AUGUCGUGGGUAAAUCGUCAGCAUAGGGCGAUGGCUCGCUGGGUCGGGCUGAAGGUGGAUGCGGCGGUUGAAGACUUGACUACCGACUUGAACGAUGGCCUUGUGUUGGUCAAACUAGUCAAUGUCAUUGCUGAGGAAAGCGGCUCCUCGGAGUACUUGCUUACACCGAUCUACGAAAAGCCUACCAUUCACCUCCAGAAAGUGGAGAACAUCGACGAUGUGUUGAAGUUCUGCCGGCUUAUCUUGAACAUCAAUACAUGCUCUGUCAGCGCUCAAAACGUCGUGGAGGGCGACUUGAAGUUGAUUUUGGGCCUUAUAUGGACUUUGUUCGUGUAUGCCACGCUGACCCUGAUCCUGGUGGCCAACGAAGGUAACUCCAUUCAUGAAAUCAAGCUGAUUUUGCUACGCUGGGUUAACCAGAUUGCUCGCUCAAGGGCGCUUCCUGAGCUUUCAAACUUUACCAAAGACUGGUCGCUUCAGGCGGGCCUGCGUCCCGAUUUGACGUUUGGGGCUAUUUGUGAUUACUUUCUUCCGAACGCUCUUUUCAAGUAUCAUGAUCUUAACUCUGGUAAACCACUUGCCAACCUCGAUAUGAUCCUACUAGAGGCCGAGGAUAAACUCCAGAUUCCUCAGCUUAUGGUCUCUGAAGACUUUAACGUGCUUGUUCCCGAUGAAAAAUGUAUCAUUCUUUAUCUUUUGCAGUGGUAUACGUUCUUUGAGUUGACUCCUGAUGUCCCUGACUCCCCUGCCAUUCCACAAGAAGAAAUAAAACCAGAUAACUGUAUGAGCCAGUUUAUGCUUCUAUGUUUGGAAGCACUGCAAGCUAAACAUUCCUAUGAAGCCAAGGCACUACGGCUCGUGGACCAGGUCAACACCAAUAUCAUGAAACUUAGCAACAUCAAUGAAGAACUCUGUUCUACAAUUGUUCCCGCUGAUCUAGUUGAUCUGCUAAAUGGGUUUUGUCUGGAUAUUAAGAGCUCCAAUAUAACCGAACAGCUUUCUUCAAGGACCCAAUUCCCCCAAAUCUCCAUGUUCACGCAAUUCCUCGUUGACUUGCUCAGAGCAUAUGAACAUUUUACUGUUCAACUCAAACCAACAUUUAUGCAUCACGACUUCCCUGAACUGCAAGCUUUACUCAAAUCCAUAGCUGUGAGUCUCUCUCAAACCGGCAUUCCAUCUUACCAGCCAGAGAAAAACGUUGCCCUUUCAACGAUCGCUACUCGUCUUGAAUGUCUCAAUGAACUUGAUAACAUCGUGAGUGAAAAGGUGGUUGAAAUUUUGCAGCUGCUCCAUUCCUCCAAAUUGGCCAAUGCCGAUGGUCUAAUUGCAACCCUAGAAACACACUUGAGAGCUCACAACAGGGAACCUAUUCCUCCUGCUCUUAAAAAAUACGUUGACGAACUUAGCCAGAUCAUGGACCUCAAACAGCAUUUGGACCGCUUCCACAGCGUGCUUCUUCCCAAGCACAACGCACAGAGUCUCAGGAUCCUUGUUGAUUCGCUAGAAACAAUUGAUGUACCUAUAACUCCUGAUACCCCUACAAGCGAGCAGACAAUGGCAUUUGAAAAGUUUAAGAAUAUUGUGCUGCAACAAAAUAACCAAAGAAACCUUACCCACGCCGACCUCACUCGUUUCGUUGAAGCUCUUGCUGGCGAAAGUAUCCUGAAGAAAGAUAAAAAGGCGUUUUUGUUGCUCGUUCCUUCUAGGAGGAUGCUUAACCGUAGUGAAAGCGACGAGUUCUCCAUGUACGGCCUGGACGAAAACACAUCUGUUAAUGAAAUUGAAGAGCUGGCUCUUUUCGAUAAAGUUCAGCAGACCAUGGAAGAGAAGCUCGCUGGAACAUACAAUAAGCUUUACAACUUGGCAGAGUUUGUUGAAGGCCUCGAAGGUGGGUUUGCAAUUUAA